GUCCCUUGGCGCUUGGGGGACCGGAAGUGGGGUGCUCUGGCCGGCGACCAUGGGGGCCAAGGCGAUGCUGAGGACCGCGCUCUACGCGCUCAACUCCCUCCUGCAGCAGCGCAGAUACCGGGCGGCGCUGGCUGUCCUGAAGGGCUUCCGCAACGGAGCCGUUUAUGGAGCAAAAAUCCGUGCCCCUCAUGCGUUGGUAAUGACAUUUCUCUUCAGGAGUGGAAGUUUAGGGGAGAAAUUGAAAGCCAUUAUUCGGGCUACUUAUACUCAUUCCAGAAACCUGGCCUACUUUGUAUUCACAUACAAGGGUCUGAUGGCCUUACAGUUGCGAGUGCAGGGGAAGAAGAUUCCUUUUCACUCCUUUCUUGCAGCCUGCAUUGGAGGCUGGUUAGUGUUUGGGGAAAAUAAUAAUAUUAACAGCCAGAUAAACAUGUACCUGUUGUCUCGCAUCCUGUUUGGUUUGUCUCGACUGGCAGUGGAGAAAGGUUACAUCCCAGAGCCAAAACAAGAUCCUUUCCCACUCUUUGCUUCCCUGGUUUGGGGGAUUGUUCUCUGGCUCUUUGAGUAUCACCGACACACUCUACAACCAUCAUUGCAAUCCUCCAUGACCUACCUGUAUGAUGACAGUAAUGUCUGGCAUGAUGUUUCUGACUUUCUUGUAUAUAACAAAAGACCUGCUGCCAAACAGUCUUGAAAGAUUUUUGCAUAAUGGCACAUUCCAGCAGCAAUACUUACUUUUACCUGUACAGAUUUUUCUGAAAAUUUACUGUGGUUAGUGUUUAAUGUGAAUCUCUACUUCAGUCUGGCCAUAGUGUUUUGUGUUAGCUGCUGGAUUUUGUUGAUUACAGCUUGAAAAGGGGUCAUUGCAAGCAAAGUUGUCUAAAAUGUUUCUUUGUUCUGCAAAAGACCAUAUUUCCUUGUCUAAAAUAAAGAGUUGUAGAAUUGCUUUGUGGUUGGGAAAACAUGCUCCUAAGUGCACUGGUCCAAAAUGCUUUGAUUGUGAUUUACUGCAUGGCAGGGGGUUGGACUGGAUGGCCCUUGUCUCUUCCAACUCAGUGAUUCUAUGAAAAUGGAAGAAACUUCGCCUUUCAUUUUCUAAAUAACUGUGGAACUGCUUUGCAGAUGGAAAAAUAAGCUAUAAACAGUUCAUUUAAAUACUUGAAAAAUUAUAGUAUCUUACAUAAUGCUGAAAUGCCAGAUGAUGUAACUAACUCUCUGGUUGCUUACAUGCACUGAAUCCUUCCCUGCUUCCUCAGUGAGCAAUUGCAAAAACAAGACAGUUGUCUCCAUGACAGAUAGUAAUAUAUAAAGAUUUAGGAUUUUGUCUCUGUAAACAUGGUACUUGAAAACCUUUGAUUUAUCUUCUUUCCAUAUUUUCUAUUUCUGUUUUAAGGAUAUAUAACAACCUGUAAAGGUGCAUUUUAAAAAAAGACUAAGGGGCUGUGUAGAUGAGAAGAGACGUUUCUCCUGGAUCAUUGUCACCGCAACUGCACAGGCGCAGCAACAAUCCACUCCAAAAAUGAGCUGCGGAACACAGCUCAUUUUCCAUGCCGCUGCCAAGGUGCCAUUAGCACCCUGGAGCGGUGUGGUGACGUCGCUUGUGCGUUGCGCUGUUUGGACGCAGCGCACAAGGCAUGUCAUCAGCAUGCGCACCAUCUGAACGCAUGCACACCCAAAAAUGGUGCAGGGAAAGCACAGAGCAUGCGGGUGCUCCACUCUCCCGAGCCCUAAUUUCGGACCCACGCCGCUGCAAAGCGGCAAUCUGUACUGGAUCUAAGUUAAUAUUUUUUAAAAGGCAAGAAGCAGAGCUAGAGUUUGCUAAAGAUACAUGCAUCCUAUGGUAGCUUUUUUAAAAAUAUAAUCAACAUUGUAUAGAAAUGCCUGAGAUUUAUUGGUCAUACAUUCCAGGUUCAAGAGUCAAAGAUGAAGUAUGGUGGUGGUGACGGCAGCAAAUGAAUUAUCUACAUUUGUUAUGAUGUUCCUCAUUAUUGGUGGGGUGUUUGUGUUUCUGUAAUGUUGGAAUACUUUUCUUUGUUUUAGUUCUUUUCAUCUGAAACCAAAGAUGCAGUUACCGUAUACACAACUACAACUGUCUCUGCUAUAUACACAACUACAACUGUUGGAAAAUUACACUUUGGCUCUAAGAAUAUCUUUGCUUAAAAUGCUGUUGAUUAGCAAUCUGCUGUCACAGAACCAAAUUUAUAAAUGGACCAUUAAAAUGACCCUGCCAUCACACUGUCUUUGAACACUACACCAGGAAGGUUUCAUAAGUAACUACCAAAGUGACAAGGGAGAGAAUGGUAGGGUAUCUGGGUACUAUGUAUCCCUAAGUACUGUAUGUUGCAAACAGUGAAAGCAAUCCUAGAAUUUCAUAUUCCAAAUUAUAUUUAUAACAACACCAUGUGAUAAAUAUAUUUACAACCACACCAUGUGAUAAACAAUGAGAAUUAUCUAUAGACCCUUCAGAUAUAAAAAACAGAAUUACUAAUUCAGAGUCCUACAAUGUUCGAAGUUCUUCAAGCCUCUGCUGUAGAAAACAUCCAGUAGCAACUAGACAGGCUGAUAAAAUGACAUUGCAACUGGUCACUGGAGUUCCAUCAAACCUUCAUUCUGAAGUUUCUAUUAUGAUGAGUUGCAAAUCAGUGGCAUUCAGAAGGAGGCAAUGUUUUAGGUUACAAUGGGUAGCAUUUCAUGUAACAAUAGGUAAUAGAUGACUACCUCCAGUCAUCUACAUUUUUAUAUGUAAAGAAAGCUAGAAAAUAUUUAAGAAUUACUCAGAUAAUUAGUCAAAUAAAUGAAAAUAUAGCUAUAUCAUUUGGCUUGGUUACAAGAGAUUUUCCUGCAUUAGCCUUGCACAAGGUGGAAAGAAUGGCACUGUGGUGUUUUGUUUUUUAAAAAGAGUUUGAAAACAGCUUGAAGCACAUUCAACAAAAUGUAAAUAUAAGGUGAUUCAAAAAGAAUGGUGCAAGACUAAAUAAGGAAGGGAGGAUUUUGGAAACAUUGAGUUCCAUCGUUCCCAAAAUAUCGGUAUUACUUCCUGUUUAUGCAUCUCUCUGCUUCAGUAUAAGUAUAUAUCCUAUCCAUGCAUUCACUAGAUCUGAAAUGUCCCACCUUAUAAAUUAUAGUAUCUGACCUCAGUUCUUGUUUCACUUUAGAAUAGUCGUCAUGAGUUCUGUAGGUCUGCUGUGGAGAAAGUGUAUCCAAAGUGCAGGUACAUGAUCUACUGUAGUCCCUUCUCAGUGGUAUGGAUGUGUGCUCUUCUAUAUAUGUUGUUUAGACAUUCUAGCUGUAUAAUGGGAAGAUGCUGGUUAAAGAGCAUUUAAAGUAUUGUAAAACAUGGUUUUUAUUUUCUAAAAAAAAAAAGACUGGUUGAGGUUUUUCACUGAAUUUCUUUUUGUCUUUAGUUGCUAACCAUCUUCUGAUGAUUUAAUUUAUUUUUUAAUCUCUGGGCCAAUGAUUUUUCUAAAAUUAUAGGAACAUUCUGUUGUUGAGUAUUUGUAAUAUUUUUGUCAUCUGUUCCCCACCCCAUUUCUCUGCACUAUUUGUUUCUUUGGCAUCCAUAUAUCGUAUAUCCAUAUAUCCUUAAGCAUCAGUCUUGAUCAGAUUAUUUGUAUAUGACUGUCUUUUGAUUGUUUGAGUCUUAACUACCCCAUGUAAAAAAUUGCAAACCACUAUGCCAACAAACUCCCUGUCAUAUGGCAUAAUUAUGAAAGGACAAAUUCCUCAACAUGGGCCGUCUUCUUUGGCUUUCACUGAAUUCCUCCAGCCCUCACCAAAACACAUUUUUGUUGCCUCCAUGCAAUGUCCCUAUUUUCUAUUGCCCGCUUCUCAAACAACUGCCAGUAAUUAUUUCUAGCUAGAGACUUAGGAUACUUUUAACCGUGCCUGCAAUAUCUUUCCUUAACUUCCAUAUAUUUUCUGUUCUCCAUCUCCAGAAUAGUAAUACCAAGUUUUUUCUAACAAACUGUGUGAAACUUUGUCUGCAAUUCACAGAGCACAGAUUUGCCAUAAGACAAAUCAAACUCUGAUCCCACCACAACAGCACCCUUUACAUAUCUGUCUGUGACAAUUAACUGGCCUUUUUACAGAUUGCUUUCCUGCUGUGUAAGGCUAGAAUGCUAUGCUGCAAAGUCAGUCAAUUUCCCAGGGAGGUAGCCAGAAUAAUUUUCAACAGUGUUUAACAUCUACCACUGUUCCUUUGGCCCAGUAGGCGAGGUUGAAUCCCUUCUGCCACUAAUGUGACUAAACAAUGCCAGUGUGUGCUGAUGAAGUGAACUAGAAGUAAUGGGUCUGUCUGAAGACUCUUGGAUACGGAUGUUCUGUUCCUCACUUUUCCAGAUUGCAUUGUUUAACAGCCUAAGUGUUCUGUUUGGUUUUCAUGCUAAUAAGAAAGAAACACAAACAGAAAUAAGGAGGCCGUUUGACAACCCACCUCCCAAGCAGCACAUCAAAAUUAAGCAAGUCCCAACUAUCCCUACUUGGAAGAUCAAAACAGACAUGCACUAUGUUUACAACAGCUCAACGGUGGCUUCUCAUUGAGGGCACAGCUCUUUUGUGUUUUGUUCAACAUGAGAGCUUGGUUCCCAAUGCUAGGCUACUAUCCAUCCCUAUGAUUCUGUUGUGUUUAAACAAUACUGUUUCUGUGAAGUGCUAAAAUAGUCCAAGAAGGUAACAAGGGAUUGGAGAAGCAAGGAAGGUGAGAAAGGCAGAACUGAAUGCCUGAACUAGUUCAGUUGCUCAGGAAAAUAUAAUACUGUACUGAAGUCAUAAAAGCAAAAAGCUGAAACCUCUUUAUGGCCUUGUACAUAUUCUACAAAAUCUGGAGUUUUGCUAGAUGGUCUAUGAUGAGGUAUAUUUGCAAGUCUUGAUUGGCAGAAAAUGAAAUAUUAUAUAUAGGAUUAGGUAAGUGCCUUGAAAGUGCCAAGAGCCUAUAAGUGCCUUUCUAUUAAUCUAUACAUAUCCUUGUGGGAGAAAUCUUUUUUUUUUCUUUAUAUGUCAUUUUGUUUUUUCCUACAUCAGCCACUAUACACAAUACUAUACCUACAACUGUACUGUAUCUAUACAAAUUUUAUAUGCCAUUGUAUGACAUUUAUACGUCUGUUUCUCCUUGCAUAUGGACCUUAAGAAUCUACCGCCAGUUUUAUCUCCCUAACACAUGGCCACCUUUUUAAUUCUGUUAUGUUCCGUUUCCUUUGGGUUUGUGUGAUGUUUCAAAGUGUUAACAGAAAAAUCGAAAACAAGCAACACUGUUGUACAAAAUUAAGCUGCUAUUUAGUAAGACCUAGCCAAAAAGCCAGCUAGAUAUACCUUUUACUUGAUAGUGGAGUAGCAGGAACAAAUGAAAUACAAAAUAUCUGUAUUAAAAUGGUCUUUCUCUGUAACAUUUUUCCCCUUUUCGUUGUAAUUGUUAUUUUGUAGGGGUGGUCAACAUGCAUCUUGUAAAUUCUUGUAAGCGUCCAGAGAAUGCCAGCUUUCAUUCUGAAUAGAUGUGCCUGCUUCUUAUUACUGUAAAUGUUACCGACAUGGAAAACACUAACGGAUUGAGCACAAAAG